GCGUAUAAAUAGCAGAGUCGCUGGUUCUGAGAACGCCCAGUUAGAAGCUGCGUGAUCAGAGUCCCUAGCAGAAUACUUACUCGGUUUUCUUAGCUCUGUUUUGUGUUUUUCUGGCACUUUGAUUUUCACGGUCGAGGAUUCAUUGAGGUUCUCUAGUGUUCACAACAUCCACCAGUUCACUUCUAAAAGGAGCCUCUAGGUGCCAUCACCAUGAUGCAGCUCUGCGGUUCUGAGUCCAGUAACAAGCACUCCCUCAUCAACGUGAUGAAUCGUUUCAUCGCUGCCGCCAACAACAUGGACGAAACCAUCAUGGUGCCCAGCCUCCUCAAGGAUGUGCCCUUAGAGGAACAAGAGAGCGCUGACCCCGUGGUGGUCGUCAACAACAACAACAAUGAGCCGGUCCCCAACGGCAAGCAGAGGGACAUGUACGAGCACUACCUUCUCCUCAAGUCCAUCAAGAAUGACAUGGAGUGGGGCCUGUUCAAGAAGGAUGGAAGUGGGGCGUCCAGCUUUCUGGAGAUGGCCCUCAAGCAGGAGGAGCAGCAGCAGCAGCAGCAGCAACAGGAAGGAGGUGGACGAGGAGAGACCCCUGGUGAGGAGACCUCUGACCUGGAGGGCCAGUUUCACUUCCACCUGCGGGGGCUGUUUGGGGUCCUGUCCAAACUCACUGUACAAGCAGACCACCUCACCAACCGGUACAAGCGGGAGAUUGGUGGUGGCAAUUUCAUCAGAUAGGACUGGGCUCCUUUUCUGAACUGGCGUCUCUGCUGUCUUACAGACAUUUGUGCGUGACUAUGGCAGAGUUGGUUUACUGACUGCUGCGAAACUGAAAAGGUCUGGUUUCUGGGUUUUCUGACCAGGUGAAAAUGACCAUAUGAACAUGAACAAAUUCUAACCUGUCAAACGCAUGGAAUCAUUGCCGCCUGAGCAGCACAUUUCUAGCGUAUAGAUACCCAUAAAGCCCACAAAUGUCCUCCCCUUUUUUUUUUUUUUUUUUUAAAGAAAGGCUGAUUUGCUCCCUGCACAUGGCCAUGUGUCCAGAUCUGAACAGGUGCUCUAAAGUUUUAGCAGGAGUGGUCCUAGCAGUGCCUGGAAAAUCCAGUGCAUUACAAGGACUGGUCUGAGUCCAGUUGGCACCACACUGCUGCAGAUUCCUGAUUGAUCCAGUAGGUUCCUCUAACUCAAAGGCUACCCUUCUUCUUCCUUGAUUUCUUAGAAACCAUGUGACUUGAAACCUGAUCCAACUUCUGUGAUGCUCGUUUGUAGUUAUGAGUGUAAAAAAUAAAUAAUUAUUCCAUGUGUAUGUGCUAAAAAAUGUUAGCGGUCUGUAAAAGAUUUGUUUAGUAUCUAAGCCUGUCUACUGGGUUGUUCUAGCCCACAAUUGCAUUGAAUUCUUUUACUAUUUUGUUAAACCUGAAGAUCACUUCACAUUUAAAUUUUUUUUUUUUUAAAUAUCAUUUUUAUUUAUUGUUUGUCUGAACUCCUCCAGAAGAGACUGUGCCUUCUACAUGUUGUAUGUUUUCAGUUCAGCAGUCACCUCUGAUCACUUCCUGCUCAGACCCCACUAUGAACGAUGUGCAUUGCAUCAAAUGUAUCAGAGCUGCAACCCAAUCAAAUUGUCAGAACCACUACCAGUGAAAACUGGGAACUUUUCCACUGGUCUUCUGUGACAUUUCUCUUAAAUUUUGUCCAGAAUUUUUCAAGAAUUUUUAUAUUUAACUGUUGUGUAUAUUGCAAAUAAAGUGUUUUAAACAAA